AUGUUCAACAACGCAGAGAUACGCAGCAUUAGAAAUGCGAACCGUUUCAAAUCGCAAACUCGGCCUGAUAACCUAGCCGAAUUCAAUAAGCAAUUAGAGGGGGCCGGAAUCACGCCUCGCAAGUCUUCUAUGACUGAUCUUUUACGUCCUUGCAAGCACGAAGAGAGCGAUGACUCUAGCAACAAGAACCACUCUCCAGACCUGCAGAGGGGGCAAAUUCUGAGUGACUCGGCCGUCAUUCACGACCCAGCAAUUAUCAACAUUGGUUUCCGGGACACCAAGCUAAGAAAUAGCGACUCCGGACAUGAUCAAGAUGAUCGCUUUCAGGGGCUUUUACGGAAGCUCCAGCGGCCUUUGCAAGACGAACAGUCAAAAUACAAGGUUGCCAGAGAUGGCGGUACUCGUCCAAGACAAGAUUCCGAGGAUUCUGGUAUUGAUACCAGAGGACCGCACAAGGCUCGAACUCUCAACCCACUGGCAAGGGAAUUUUCCACCUUUACCCCUCAGACAUCCUCAGCUACAGCAGACACGGCCGAAGAGAGGGACAGGAAAACCAUUAUCUCUCUUCUGGAGCAGAUAGCGAGCAAGACUUUCAGUAGAGCUCCCGAACAAGAUCCGAAUGAGAUAUUUGCCAACAUAAUCGCAAAGUUUGGCAUCCGAGGAACGCAAGCUUUUCCGCCGUUCAACUUCCCCCCCUCUGUGCCGAGACCAAUAUUGCAUCCGUCACUUUUCCAACAAGUCCCUCCAGCAUCUCCUAGUCCAGCUUUUGGCCUACAGAACAACAUUAUGGCACCUCCACUAGGCACUUCGACCCAAAUGCCUGCCGUACCAUUCAAUCCAUCUGCUCCAGGUUUUGCACCAUCAUUUGCACACAACACAACCGGUCCCCCUCCACUGCCCCUCGGUUCACCGUUCAAUCCAAUUCGGUCGACUCUACCCUCAUCUACCCAUGGCUCUGAUUCAAGCAACGUUGCCCCAGCUAUUGCUUUUGCUCGACAGAUGGCCAACAGUCCGUCAUUGCCUAUUCCCGGGCCUUGGACCGCUCCGUUCCCAACACAAACACCGGUACCACACCACGGGUCUGUGUUGAACGCGAAUGCUCCUGUGUUCGGUCCUGCCAUGACGCCCAGAUGCGCUGCCAAACCACGAGUCCCUGACACGGCUGGCCAGCAGAGUUACGAGGCGUACAUCGAGUGGCGUAAGGCAAACGAGCCUGGCUAUGCCCUUGAAUGCAAGGCAAGACAAGCCAAGAGGGCACUUCGACCUAUUCCUGGCUGAUUCCAUGAGUCAGCUGUGGUCUUGUCAUCUCAAAGAUUUGGCUAUGGAGAGCAUUGGAGCACAGAGCAUACAUCAGUGGACGGGGCAGUUUCAUAUCAGCUGGCAAAGUCUGGCUUUCUCAGAUCAAUUCUGAACUGUAGUUUUACGGCGAGAUAUUCUCAUAACGAUCGUUGGAGGAUGGCAAGGGUGUAGGUGCAUACAAGGGCAGGAACUUGAAGAGUAGGAUUAUGUGUUUUGGGGGCCCUUUGAUCAUUAUUGAGGGGCUGAAAUCAAG